GGUCUGAUGCCUCGUGGUGGGUGAAAGGGGUCUCACCGUAUGCAAACUGCCGUCACCUCCCUCAUCGUACACAAUGAUGACAGCGAUUACCGAGUUCCUCAAGUCUGGGUCAGAGGGCGCAUCUGCAGGCCCAAAUCAAUCUGGCGAUGUCAAUCCCAGGAGCGACGCUCACGAAGACACGUCCACACAAGGCCAGGAACAAGUCCAACGAAAAACCCAGUAUAUUAGCUGGGUGCACCGUCUCCGGGGGGAAAACGGGAGGCUGCUGAAGAAGAAUGGCAGGUUAUUUGAGGAGAAUAGCAAGCUAUGGGAUGUUAGAGAGCAGCUGGAAGCAGAUCUCGCGAACGAGAGAGGGAAGAAUAAGGCACUCUCUGUCGACGUGAAGGAGACAAAGACCUCCUUGCAGAAGGCUCACGCUCAUAUCCAUGUCUUGAAGAGCGACGCUAACCGUCGGGCCCAGGAGCAUGAAGCCAAGCUUGCCGAGCUGGCGACCACCAAGAAGAAGUUCGAUGAACUCUCGUCCCUCCUUGACUCCCGUACCUCCGAGCUCAGAGGCGCGCAGUCCUUCCUCUCCACCGCCGAUGCUGUCACUGGCACGCAUAUCAUCGACUCACUCAAGCGUUUUAACAACGACAUCAUGCAAGCUGCGGCAUAUCUAUCCGAGGAAGUACUGGUGCAAUUCCGGUUCGAUGAUCGCUCGGAGAGGGUUAUUUCAGAGGACCGAAGGCUCGCCCUGCAGUCUUCAGCAAAAGUGAUUGGUCCGAAGCUAGCGAGUUACUUACUAGCGAAGAACCACAAGGACGAUCCCAUUCUCAUACAGAUCGCGCUCCAGUCGUUCCUCGCUACCAAGUUUCACUUGAUCAUGACGUCUUGGGCUGCAGGAAAGGGCACAAUUAACAGCUUCCUAAACGCAAUUUACGAACGGGUCCGAGCGACAGAGGUACAGGCCGUAUCUGCCAAAUGGAAGGCGCUCACCCGCGCAAACCUGCCUCAGCCCGAUGACGCACAACGCAUCGAGUCCAUCGUAGAUAUGGUGAUCGGUGGGCUGUGCCAUAUUAUCCUCGCCGCUAAGUGUACCGCCUCCAUUGGCGAUAUCAAAAGCACCUUAAAGGCGAGGUUCGCCCAUCGCGUCGCGCUCAUGGCCAAAAUGGCUCUCGAAAUCAGCAAGAAUAUCGCAGAGGACGUCACUUCCUGCGAAUACGAGGUCUUCGCGAUACAGAGUGGCUGUGCGUUCAAAGCGGAGGAGAUGGAUGACGCGUAUGGCGACAGCCAGCCUCGCCACAGGACGGCUCCUCCCGUAGUUCUUUGCCCUACUGACCUGGGUAUAAUGCAGCGUACUAAGGUUGGCGAUGCGAAGGAUAGCAGGCGGGACACCAAGAUGCUCUUGAAGCCCAAAGUGGCUCUGGAGUCCGUCAUCGAGGUCAUGGGGUAGUUUUGGGUUAUGAUUAAAACUUCCUAUUCUUAACGCAAUGUUUGAGGUACUACUUGACGUCCGCAUGUAUGUUGUUCUUGCUGUAUUAAAAAUUUCUUGC